AGCACCCUUGUCAUACGUGGUCGCAGACUGAUGCCGUGGCACACGUGUAUUGGCGGAAGCGGCAGCGGGAGUCCCGGUGGUGGCAUGGCGUCUGGGUAGAGUCUCUUCUCCCACUCCAUAUAGAAUCAACCAUGGCGUCUGUGGUACUGAGCGAGGCGGAGAAGGUGUACGUCCUGCACGGAGUACAGGAUGAUUUACGGGUAGAUGGCAGGGGAUGUGAGGACUACAGAUGCAUUGAAGUGGAGACUGAUGUUGUGUCAAAUACCACAGGUUCUGCCCGUGUGAAAAUUGGUCACACAGAUGUCUUGGUAGGAGUCAAAGCAGAGAUGGGAACACCAAAGAUGCAGCGUCCGAGGGAAGGAUAUCUGGAAUUCUUUGUGGACUGUUCUGCUAAUGCUGCUCCAGAGUUUGAAGGCCGUGGAGGAGAGGAGCUUGGCACAGAGAUAGCGAACAUGUUCUACAAAAUAUUUGGUAACAAGAGCAGUAUUGACCUGAAGAGUCUAUGCAUCCUGCCGGGGGAGCAUUGCUGGGUCCUGUAUGUAGAUGUAUUGCUUUUGGAAUGUGGUGGAAACCUGUUCGAUACAAUAUCUAUAGCAGUGAAGGCUGCUCUCUUUAAUGCAAGAAUACCUAAAGUGCAUGUGUUGGAAGAUGAUGAGGGCACCAAAGACAUUGAACUGUCAGAUGAUCCUUACGACUGUAUGCGGCUGAACGUAGCAGAAGUCCCUUGUGUUGUCACAUUAAGCAGAAUAGGUCACCGGCAUGUGGUAGAUGCUACACUGCAAGAAGAAGCGUGUUCCUUGGCUAAUCUCCUUAUCUCUGUGACCAGCAAGGGUACCUUGACUUGUAUGAGAAAACUAGGCAAAGGAAGCCUUGAUCCUGAAAGCAUCUUCGAAAUGAUUGAGACAGGAAAGCGGGUUGCAAAGUCCUUACACUUGUCCUUACAAAGUAUUUUAAACCAAGAAGAAAGUUUAGGAAAAAAGAGACAAAAAAUCGGCUUCCUGAGGUGAUCUGUGUAAACAUUUUUUAUAUGUAAAAGCAAUAAAGAAUUAUUUUUACAUACUCUA